AAAUGUUGAGUUGCUCGAUCGUGAUGCUACAUUUUCUUCGUGUUUGAUGCAGCAGAGAGGAAGAAUCAACAACUCCAGAUCAAGAACAUUCUCGAGAUCUCGUCUCGCCGUUGAAGGAUUCUAGUUCUCUUUCUUCUUUUUUCAUCAAAUUUAAAAUAAAAAAAAAACUAAUCAAAAAGUUGUUAUCCGGAGAUCUUCUUCUCUAACGAUAUGGCCACUAAUGGAAAUGAACGGGAGGCUCAAAAGAAGUACUGGAAGGAGCACUCUGUUAACUUGACUUUGGAGGAUAUGAUGCUCGAUUCCAAAGCCGCUGAUCUCGACAAAGAAGAACGUCCCGAAGUGCUGUCCAUGCUUCCUCCAUAUGAAGGGAAAAGAAUUCUGGAGCUAGGAGCUGGCAUUGGCCGGUUUACAGGUGAAUUAGCUCAGAAGGCUGGUCAUGUUAUAGCCUUGGACUUCAUUGACAGUGUUAUAAAGAAGAAUGAAACCAUCAAUAGACAUUAUAAGAAUAUCGAAUUCGUCUGCGCCGACGUUACUUCCCCGGAUUUGAAAAUCCAAGAAGGAUCGCUGGACUUGAUUUUCUCAAAUUGGCUGCUCAUGUACCUUUCGGAUAAAGAGGUUGAGAUUUUGGCUGAAAGGAUGAUGAAAUGGUUGAAGGUUGGGGGACAUAUUUUCUUCAGGGAGUCAUGUUUCCAUCAGUCUGGAGAUUGUAAACGAAAGAACAAUCCAACUCACUACCGUGAGCCCAGAUUUUACACCAAGGUCUUUAAAGAAUGCUAUGCAACUGAUGAUUCUGGAAAUCCCUUUGAACUUUCUCUAGUUAGCUACAAGUGCAUCGGAGCUUAUGUUAGGAACAAAAAGAAUCAGAAUCAGAUUUGCUGGGUGUGGCAAAGAGUUAAUUCAUAUAAUGACAGGAGAUUCCAGCGCUUCUUGGAUACUGUUCAGUACAAAACUGAUAGCAUACUCCGCUAUGAGCGCGUCUUUGGAGAAGGAUAUGUGAGCACAGGAGGAGUUGAAACAACCAAAGAAUUUGUGGGGAUGUUGGAUCUUAAGCCUGGACAAAAGGUUCUAGAUGUUGGAUGUGGAAUUGGUGGUGGUGACUUUUACAUGGCAGAAAAUUUUGAUGUCCAUGUUGUCGGCAUCGAUCUCUCUGUAAACAUGAUAUCUUUUGCUGUUGAACGAGCCAUUGGACUCAAAUACUCGGUGGAAUUCGAAGUUGCUGAUUGCACUAAGAUGACUUAUGCGGACAACACUUUCGAUGUCAUCUACAGUCGUGACACCAUUCUACACAUUCAAGACAAGCCUGCACUGUUUAGAUCUUUCUACAAAUGGUUGAAGCCAGGGGGCAAGGUUCUUAUAAGCGAUUACUGCAAAAGUGCCGGAACUCCAUCACCGGAAUUUGCCGGUUAUAUCAAGAAGAGAGGGUAUGAUCUCCAUGAUGUCAAAGCAUAUGGCCAGAUGCUUAAGGAUGCCGGUUUUGACGAGGUUGUAGCGGAGGAUCGAACUGAUCAGUUCAUAAAGGUUCUGCAGCGCGAAUUAAACGAAGUCGAGAAGAACAAGGAUUCAUUUGUCUCCGACUUUUCACAACAAGACUAUGAUGAUAUAGUUGGUGGGUGGAAGGCAAAGCUGAUAAGGAGCUCAUCUGGGGAGCAGAGGUGGGGACUUUUCCUAGCCAAGAAAAAAUAAUUCCAACGGUUCAAUAUGCAUUACUCUGUGUUUCCUUUGAAUAAAAAAACAAAGGCAGAUGGCAUCAUGAGAUGUUCUUAUAUGGUACUGCCUAAUAGUUUGAUGUUAUGAAACUACACCCUACCGUCUUAAAUUUCUAUCAGUAUUUCUCUGCUACUUAGUUUAGAACUUGUGUGGAGAUGUACCUUUAGAACUUUCAUGUAUUAUCUUUAUUAUCUACUAAAUAUAUGUGAUUACUAUUUUAUCUUUA